UUAGAGGUUCGUAUUGGUGGCAUGCAUGGUGGCAGAUGACAGAUGAUAGCUGACAGGCGCCAGUGAAGCUGAGACACUGAGGAAAAAUAGGCGGUUAAAGCGUGGUGAAGAGUAAUAAGAGAAGCUCAAAAUAAUGAGGAGUAAAGUUUUGGCCUGUUGUGAGCUGGUUCUGCUGAGCUUGUGGCUGUGUAUCCAGUCAGUGCCUAUCAGCGUGGAUAAGACCACAGAAAAGCACCAAGAGGAGGAGCCGGUGUCCCAACAGAGUCCUGACACUGGGUUGCACUAUGACCGCUACCUCAGAGAAGUCAUCGAUUACUUGGAAAAAGACCCUCACUUUAGAGAAAAGCUCGUAAAUGCCAACAUGGAUGACAUCAAGAAUGGUAAACUUUCCAAAGAGUUGGACUUUGUCCACCACAGUUUUCGGACAAAGCUGGAUGAGUUGAAGAGGGAGGAGAUGAACAGGUUGCGGCUGCUCAUCAAAGCCAAACAUGACAUGCAGAAUGGGAAUGCCGCAGGCUGGACAGUGGACCACCAGGCCCUGCUGAGACAGUUUGAACACCUCAACCACAUGAACCCAGAGACUUUUGAGGUGGAGGACCUGGACCGGCUCAUCAGAUCGGCAACCUCAGACCUGGAGAACUAUGACAAUGAGCGUCAUGAUGAGUUCAAGAGGUACGAGAUGAUGAAGGAGCAUGAAAGGAGGGAGCAUCUGAAGAACAUGAACGGGGAGGACCGCAAGAGGGAAGAGCAGCACUACGAGGAGAUGAAGAAGAAACAUGCCGAACACCCCAAAGUUAAUCACCCUGGCAGUGAAGACCAGCUGAAGGAGGUGUGGAAGGAGGCAGACGGUUUGGACCCAGAAACCUUUGAGCCCAAGACUUUCUUCAAACUACAUGACAGCAAUGACGAUGGUUUUUUGGAUGAAACCGAGCUUGAAGCGCUCUUCACUAAAGAGCUGGAGAAAGUGUACAACCCUCAAAAUGAAGAUGAUGACAUGAUUGAGAUGGAGGAAGAGAGACUGCGAAUGAGAGAGCACGUUAUGAACGAGGUGGACACCGAUAAAGACAGACUUGUGUCACUGAGUGAGUUCUUGGAGGCCACUAAGAAGGCGGAGUACCUGGAAAAAGAUGAGUGGCAGACUUUAGAUCAGCUCCCCUUAUACACUGAAGAUGAACUCAGGGAGUAUGAACAGCAACUGGCCAACGAGGAGAAUGACAUCAACAAGAAGUCGGUCGAGCUGCAGAAACAGAGGGAGGAGCUUGAGAGGAAACAGAAGGAACUUGAUGCUCAGAGGAUGGGGCUCCAGCAGGCAGUAGAAGAAAUGGAACAGUUAAAAGCCCAAAGCUCAAAAGCUGAGGCCAAACAGCAGGGAGCUCCUAUAGCUGAAGGCGAACCAGCACCAGUUGUACCAGGGAACCGUCAGCCGAUGCCCCCUAGUCACCAGCAGCAGGAUGUCCCAGUGCCAGUACACUCUUAGCAGGCCUCACCUCUCUGUGUGCUGUGUGAAUGCCAGUGUGUUACCUUAUAAUCAUUCCGAUGUUCUGGUUUUGGUCCAGGAUCUCCAAAACACUGCUUGAUAAAAAUAUGUCUAAGCAUUAGGAGCUCAUAAGAAAAUCUGAUUUCAGCGCAUCCUGUCCUUCACCUUUCUGGCCAGGUCGGCUGUAUAACCCAACUUGAAACGGGAAGCUGCUCCAAUUUUCUGUGAGGAAAAUUGACCCUUUAUCACAACACAGACUCUGUUCUGCAUGGGAAAUGCUUUAGGAUGAAAUGAGGAGAAACUUCUGGCCCGAUAGUGAAUGUUUUGUUUAGUGUUCACUGGAAUUCACUGACUCAGAAAAAACAGAGCUACUUUGAAAAUUAUGUAUUCUUCAGGUGAAGAGAGAAAAGAAAAAAAUCAAUGAAUGAAAUGGUCCCAUCUGGAAACUGUGUGGUAACAUCAGUACAGUUUCUUGUAAGAGUUAAAAUUACGGCUCCAAAAAGUCAUUUGCUUUUUUUUUGUUUUUUAAAUAAGGCCUAAACUUACAUUUCACAAUGUUCAUUUUUACAUUUGGAUUAAGGUGUCAUUUUAAAUGUGAUACUGAAUAGAUAUAAUAAUGUAUCAUUCAAUAUUUAAACUUAUUUUGUCCUCCAUUGCCUUAUAACUGUUUUGUUUUUAAGAGGACUCCAAACUGUGACAGAUCCACACACUUCUCUUCACUAUCAUUUUUCCUGGAUGUUUUUUUUUUUUUUGAAUGGUUCAGAGAGCUUGCAGCAACACUACAUAAAACACACAUCCACGUGUAUUCUCUAGCUGUUGUCUCAUUUAGACCAGAUGAUUGAAAAACAUAUUUAGUUUACAGAUGUAAUUAUAUAAAUGUUUAAAUAUUUUAGUUUAAUAUAACUGCUGGUGUUAAUGACGGUUUGCUGAAUUCUAAUGUGCACAGUGUGUUUGUGUGUCAGUGCUCGUAUGUGUGAUAGAAUAAUUUAUUUUGUACAUCACUGCAGAUUAAACUGCUGCAUGCUGAAUUUGGCCUCAUCUGUCAAAAACUGUUAAGAGAUAAAGACACAAAAAUUUAAAAGUAUACUUUUGAGGAACUAAUAUAUAAUAAGUCUGUUAUUUAUUUAUUUACAUCCCUUUUAAAAAGCAACCUCUGUGGACCUCAGUCUAAUUAAAUUUUUAUUAUUCCUUUCAAAAAAAAUCACCACCCAGCAUCCUGUGUAACAAAUUCAUGAUACUGUUUGAAUGUGGACUAUAAAGUGAAUGAGCUUGCAAGUUUAAG